CACUUUUCCACCCCGACUUUGUGUUUGUUGAAUUGAUUGUAACAGCAAACCCGGCCGUUUAUAACUACAUUCGGUGUUUACUAUUACAUUCUCAAUCCGAUAAGAAGUCCUUUUUAAAAUUAUGUACGCACUUAUAGGAGAUAAAGUUUUUCAGUAUACAUAAAAAUCAUUUUAAGUUUAAAAAUGUAUGAAAAACCAUAGCUACUUGCUUUGGUGAAUCAUGUUACGCUUCGUUGCCAAAACAAUUUUAUUGCGAAAUACAUUGCACAUGAAAAGUCCAAGUGUUCUAGUUUUUCACUCUCACUCACUCUUGGCUUCUUCAGCAGACAAGAGGAUGCAAUGUCGUUAUCAUUUCACUGUCAGAACUUGGCCUGGUAUUUGCUUCAGACUCGGUACGGAUUGUUCCUUGUUUAGCUCUCAGGUCAAAGAAUAUAUAAACAAGGAUGCAAUUUUUAGUGAUUAAGACGCAUGCGUAAUAUUGAUUGGAUAUUUGUUGGUGUUUACAUAUUACAUGAAUUUGAUUAACAGUGAAAGUGAAGCCAGUGAAUGAAGGUGAAGUCAGUGCAAGUGCAGCCGAAAGGAAAUAUAAACAGACAGACAGACCCAAAGCCAAGAAAAAAGAAUCAGACUUGUAAAUGGAAGACAACAGCUCAUCUCAACCAUCGAAAGAUGAUGGAGUGGAGCCGGAGAACUGCGACAACGUUGAGGACUCACCCAAGUCGCCCAGGUCACCUUUGAAAAAAAAUCCUGCGUUUGAUUCAUCGAAACUCAUCGAGAGAUCUCAGUCUGAUGCCAUUCUGCUGAGCUCGGAAAACUUGAAACAACCUUAUGCCCGCGCAGGCUCUGUGGAUUACAUCGGUCAGAUCAUCAAAAAUAGUGUCUUAACUGGCAAUGUGUCUGAGAGCUCAAAAGUCUACUUCGAUCUCUCCAACUUUGAAAAUUCGGAGACCGACGAUGAUGACGUGGUUACGCCCACUUCCAAAAAUAGAAAAAAGAAGCGGCCGUUGAGCACUCAGAGCAGCCGCCUCCUGAUGACGGCCCGCGGCCUUGAGACGAUUCAUCAGGGUGUCGAGCUGGCGGAGGGGGAGGUCGCGGAUCAGGAUGAGGUCAGGGAGGUGUCCGAGUACGACAAAGACAUUACGUUCGAAGCGGCGCCCGGUGAGCUGGAAUUCCUACCUCCUCACCGCCGCAGCGUUGGGGACUAUGAGGAGGGGAUGGGCUCGGGCCCGCCCUCGUCUCCAGCCGACGACCUUGACAGCAGCGACGGCAGCACUUGCUUCUACACCAAGUACCCGCUGCGCUUCCCGCACGGCUACUCUCUGAGCAAGUACCGACACAACCUGAAGCUGAGCUACCAGACGUUGUCGCAGAAACUUGAGCAGCAGAUCAUCCAGUUGAGAGGUUUGCAUGUUGAGAUCGUUGACCUCAUAGACGCCUCCACUACAUGGGCUGACCAGGUGACCAAGGUGAAGAUCCUGCAGGACAUCCUGAAGCUGACCAAGGAGGCAUGGGAUACACCCGUGUAUGGCCGCGACCUCGCCUACAGCCUGUGCGACAUCAUCCGCAUGGAGGGCCUGCUGGACCAGCUCAUCGCCAACUGUAGCAGCACCAGCCGGGACAUCCUCCUGGCCUCCGCCAAUCUGCUAGAGCAGGUGAUGUCCACACGGAACCGCGAGCGAGUGGCGAAGGAUGGCCUGGAGGCUGUCGUCAAAAUGACGCGCGACUUUGCCGGUGACCUUGAGAUGGCCAAAGCUACGACAGGUGUUCUGGAGAACAUGUUCAAGCUGUCGGAGGAGACGUGCACCAAAGUGAUCAACCUGGGUGGUCUGGACGUGAUCCUGCGCUGGUGCCGCUGUGGAACCGACUACUCCAUCCUGCGGCGCUGCGCCAAAGCUCUGGCCAAUCUGGCAUUGUUUGGUGGCGCCGACAACCAGGAGAUCAUGUCCAAACACAAAGUCCCAGAAUGGUUGUUCCCCUUAGCUUUCAGCGACGACAACAGCAUCCGCUACUAUGCCUGUUUGGCUAUCUCGUCGCUGGUGGCCAACAAAGAGCUUGAAGCCUCGGUCAUCAAGUCCGGGACGUUAGAUCUGGUGCUUCCCUUCAUCAACUCGAACAAGCCGUCACAGUUCGCCCAGAGCGACGUGACCCACAAGCAAGGCCGCGACAAGAUCUGGCUCAAGCACCUCAUCCCGCUGCUCUUCUCCCGCAGACAGGAAGCCCAGGCCCUGGCAGCCUUCCACUUUGCCAUGGAGGCUAUCAUCAAGGCGGAGCAGGGCAGGCAGGAGAUCUUCCACGAGAUCGACGCGGUGGAGCCCCUGAAGAAGAUCGCCUCCAGUCCCAACACCGUGGCGUCCAAACUGGCAGCAGAGGCGCUGAAGAUGAUCGGGGAGAAGAUCCCGCACAAGCUGUCGCAGCAGGUGCCGCUGUGGACGGUGGAUGAUGUGGUCUACUGGGUUACACAGAUUGGGUUUGAAGACAACGCCGUCCACUUCCGGGAGGCUCAGGUAGACGGGGACUUGUUGUUGAUAUUGACCGACGAUGACCUUCACGGGGCUCUCGGCAUGACCUCUAGCGUCGUCCGGAAGAGAUUUGCGCGAGAGCUCAAGUCCCUGAAGAUCACGGCCGACUACUCGAUCAGCGACCCGACGGCCUUGGACAACUGGCUGAUGUCCUUGAACCCCGAGCUGUCGCAGUACACUUACUGGAUGCUGCGGCAGGGGGUCGACAAGUUUGAGCUCAAGACGCUCUCGGAGGAGGAGCUCAAGGUCGAAUGUGGGAUUCACAACAGUAUUCAUCGACGACAGAUUCUCAUGCACCGCGAGGGUGGAGUGUGGGAUCCACCAUCGGCAGAUCCUCUGGGAGGAUUUGCGCGAGAGCUCAAGUCCCUGAAGAUCACGGCCGACUACUCGAUCAGCGACCCGACGGCCUUGGACAACUGGCUGAUGUCCUUGAACCCCGAGCUGUCGCAGUACACUUACUGGAUGCUGCGGCAGGGGGUCGACAAGUUUGAGCUCAAGACGCUCUCGGAGGAGGAGCUCAAGGUCGAAUGUGGGAUUCACAACAGUAUUCAUCGACGACAGAUUCUCAUGCACCGCGAGGAGCUAGUGACCCCAGACACGCCCAGCCUCCCCCACCACCACCUCCCCGGCCUGCCCUCCAUCGACCCAGGACUCAGCAUUAACCUGACCACCCUGCGAUCCAUCGACGUCUUCAUCUGUUACCGACGAUCCAGCGGCUCUCAGCUGGCCAGUUUGCUCAAGGUUCACCUCCAGCUGCGUGGUUUCUCCGUGUUCCUCGACAUCGACCGUCUGCGUGCCGGCAAGUUUGACGAGAACCUUCUGUACAGCAUACAGAUGUCGCAACACUUUGUGCUUAUCCUCACUCCCGACGCUCUAGACAGAUGUAUCGGCGAUGAGUCCCAAGAAGACUGGGUACACAAGGAGAUUGUGGCGGCUCUGGAGACCAACUGUAACAUUGUGCCCAUCAUCGACAACUUUGAGUGGCCUCCCCUGGAGAGACUGCCGCACGACAUGAGGGGCGUGGUCCGCUUCAACAGCGUGCGCUGGGUGCACGAGUACCAGGACGCGUGCGUGGACAAGCUAGAGACGUUUCUCCGUCGUGGCAGGCGUCUGUCGCAGCAGGUCCACAACUCGUUCGCCUCCAUGCACCUCCCGUCCGACGCCCAGUUCCCGCCCGACUCCCCGCACAAGACCAGCAGCUGCCACUCCCUGGCCGACCUCGUGCCGACCUGACCCCCGGCCGCACGACCCCCCACCAGCCUACGAGCCGACAAGGAGCCUCGACGAUGACCACCUCGCGUGUUGUGGGAGGGAGCGGUGGUUAGCAGUUGGGGUUGUUGGUUUGGUUUUAUUUUUGGUUCCAAAUGAGAGGUGGUUGGAGGGUGCUCUGGUAUGAUUUGCAUGUUGCGGGAGGGAAGGAGCAGCAGUUAGCAGUUGGGGUUGUUGGUUGAGGUUUUUGGUUCCAAAUGAGAGGUGGUUGGAGGGUGCUCU